AUGGCGACCUCGGUUCAGAUCCGCACGCCUGAAGAGGCCGCCGCGAGAAUCGCCUACUUGUCCAGCGAUGUCGUCAUUUCCGUGCAGCCGUCAUUGGCUGCCGAUUCUGAGUUUUCCUCGCACCUGAAGCGGUUUGCCAGCCGCAAGGAUCGAGGAAUUGUCGCAGCUACUGAGGACACUGUGCCAGAGAUCCAACACGUCCGCCAUAACAAUGACCCAUUACUCUCUGUCUUUGCUCCCAUCCGCUCAGGCAAGCUCGUCUCUGUCACCACCUCAUCUUCCAUCCUCCUCCCCUCCAUCUCUCACCUCUACAAGCUCGCCAGCUACCCUGUUGUCCUGCAUGUCUCCCUCCAGCCACGUGGCUUUGCCGACUACUCCGUCAUCACCUCCAUUCGAAACUCAGGAUGGACGUUCCUCCAGUCCGAGACUCUCCAGGAGGCUCAGGAUAUGGCCAUUACUGCCCAUGCCUUGGCUCUGCGCACCGGCAAGGCCGUCAUUCACUUCUUCUCUCCAGAUACUUCAGCUCGUGAUGAGCCCAUCGGCCUAGAGGACUUUACCGUAGUCAGGGCUGUGCUCGAUAUCGAAGGUGUCAGGAGAUUCCAGGCCAGCACCAUCAAGGCCACUGGCUUAUACGCCGACGACGGACAUGUUGCCGUUUCCUCGGACCUCCAGGAAGUCGAGGCUGGCAGCUCAGAGAAGGCCUCAGGCCUUCAGCAAUCAACCGUCUCACUCGCUUCCAAGGCCGCAUCUGAGCAGUCUGCCAGGACCAGCCAGGCUAGCAGCUCCAGUACCCCUAUUGGCGCUUCAUCUGUUGCCACCACUGUUGAGACUACUGUUCCUAGAGUGACAUCUGAGGAUGUCUACACAUGCGCCUCUCGCAUCUGGGAGCAGUUGAACACCGCUCUUGGAAGACAAUACAACGCCUUCGAGUACACUGGACCAGCCAAUGCGGAGAACUGCCUCUUCAUCUUCGGAUCCGACACUGGCGCUUUUGCUGAAGCCAUUAACAGCGCGAAGCCUGAUGACGUCUACGCUAAGAUUGGUAUCCUCACCCCUCGCCUGUACCGACCCUGGAUCGGCUCCAAGCUCGUCUCCAGCAUCCCCAACACCAUCAGGAGGGUCGCCGUUCUGGAACAGAUUCAUAGAAAGACCACCAAAUGGGGUCCCUUGUUGAUUGACGUCUUGUCCUCCGUUAAGAGCGGCCCCGGCGGUGUUGAGACCAUCGUUGGUCACCAGCUGGGAUACAUUGCCCCUGAGGCCACCACCCAGGCCCUCCGUGGCAUCGUGCAAAAUCUCACUGCUGAAAAGCCCAUCCAGAACCUUGAAGUCGGUGUCAAGGAGGGACCAAGUGAGCCCGUUUCACAAGGCAUUGAGGCCCCGAAGCUCGAGGUUGCCUAUGGCAAGAUUCUCGACCAGCUUUUUGGCAGCAGAGCCUAUAUUGCCAAUGCCCUGGGAUCUCAGGAUGCCGGCAUCUCUGCUACUGUAUCUGCCAGCCCCGAAUUCGGUUUCGGUUCCCUGUUAGCUAGAAAGGAAUUGCGAGCCAACUUUAUCGCCGAAGUCAAGCAGGCAGCAAGCAGCGCUGGUUCUACCAGCGAGGCUUUGAAGAGCUGGCUGGCACGAUGGGCCGUCAACUCUGAUGACCAGGCCAAGUCUGAUCUCAUUGCGGAUGAGGUCAUUGCCAAGCUGGAGCAGGACAACUCUCCCGAAUCUCAGAAGCUUCUCUCCAACCGUGCCCUAUUCCGAAAAGAGUCUCUGUGGCUGAUGGGUUCUGACGCUUGGGCUUACGAUCUUGGCAACUCUGGUGUGCACCACGUCCUUGCAUCUGGCGAGAACGUCAACAUGCUCAUUAUUGACUCGACGCCUUACUCCGAGAAGGCUCUGGCCGACGCCAACCGCAGAAAGAAGGACAUUGGUUUGUACGCUAUGCACUUCGGCAACGCCUACGUUGCCUCCACUGCUGUCUACAGCUCAUACACCCAGGUCCUCCAGGCCCUGCUAGAGGCCGAUAAGUUCAACGGCCCAUCAGUUGUUUUGGCCUACCUGCCCUACUUUGGCGAGACCGACUCCCCUCUCACUGUUCUUCAGGAAACCAAGAGGGCUGUAGAUACUGGAUACUGGCCUCUGUACAGAUGGAACCCGUCUAACGAGGCCAACGGCGAGCCUACCUUCUCGCUGGACUCUGAGCUCAUCAAGAAGGAACUGAAGGCUUUCCUUGAGCGAGAUAACCAACUGACCCAGCUCAUGCAGAAGGAGCCUAGCUUUGCUUCCAACCUUGGCCAGGACUUUGGAACCGAGGUCCGCGCAGCACAGAAGAGGAAGGCAAAGGAUGCCUACAACCAGCUUCUGGAAGGCCUUUUGGGUGCUCCCCUGACCAUCCUGUAUGCUUCCGAUAACGGCAAUGCCAGCAAUUUGGCGAAGCGAUUGGCCAAUCGGGGUAGAGCCCGAGGCUUGAAGACGGCAGCCAUGUCCAUGGAUGAUUACCCGCUCGAAGAUUUGCCAGGCGAAGAAAACAUCGUCUUCAUCACUUCAACCGCUGGACAGGGAGAGUUCCCUCAAGAUGGUCUGGCGUUCUGGGACGCUAUCAAGGACAACACUGAUCUCGACUUGGCUACCGUCAACUACUCUGUAUUUGGUCUGGGUGACAGCCACUACUGGCCACGCAAGGAAGACAAGAUUUACUACAACAAGCCGGCCAAGGACCUUGACCGGGUUUUGAGCAACCUGGGUGGCAGGCGAUUUGUUGAUAUUGGCCUGGGAGACGACCAGGAUCCCGAUGGCUUCCAGACCGGCUACCAGGACUGGGAGCCCAAGCUGUGGCAGGUCCUGGGCGUGGACAAGGUCGAUGGCCUUCCCGAUGAGCCCCCGCCAAUUACCAACGAAGACAUUAAGCUUGACUCCAACUUCCUUCGUGGUACUAUCGCUGAGGAACUGAGGGAUACAUCUACUGGAGCCAUCUCCGCCGCCAACUCUCAGCUAACUAAGUUCCAUGGUACCUAUAUGCAAGACGACCGUGACGUCCGCGACGAGCGAAAGGCCCAAGGCUUGGAGCCUGCCUACAGCUUCAUGGUUCGCUGCAGAUUGCCGGGUGGUGUCGCUACUGCCGCGCAGUGGAUUCAAAUGGACGACAUCAGCAACAAGCUUGGUAACGAGACGAUGAAGCUUACUACUCGUCAGACAUUCCAGUUUCACGGUGUUGUCAAGGGCAAACUGCGAGAGACUAUGCAGGGCAUUAACCGUGCACUCAUGACCACAAUCGCUGCUUGUGGUGACGUGAACCGUAACGUCAUGUGCAGCACUCUGCCUUCUCAAUCCAAGCUUCAUCAAGAAGUUCACUCGUACGCCGCAAAGAUCAGCAACCACUUGCUGCCUUCUACCAGCGCGUACCAUGAGAUCUGGCUGGCUGAUGAGGACAACAAGAAGGUUCAGGUUGCAGGUGAUGCUGUUAAGGAUUUCGAGCCUCUGUACGGUCCCACCUACCUUCCCCGAAAGUUCAAGAUCACCAUUGCUAUUCCUCCUUACAACGACACUGACGUCUAUGCUCACGACAUUGGUCUGAUCGCUAUCGUCAACGAGGCUGGCACCUUUGAGGGUUUCAACGUUCUUGCCGGAGGUGGCAUGGGUGCCACUCACAACAACAAGAAGACAUACCCCCAGCUAGGCCGCAUGUUUGGCUUUGUUCCCAAGGACCAGAUCCAUCUUGCCUGCGAAAAGAUCAUGCUUGUCCAGCGUGACUUUGGUGACCGUAAGAACCGAAAGCACGCCCGUCUCAAGUACACCAUCGACGACAUGGGCGUCGAGGUCUUCAAGGGCAAGGUUGAGGAGCUGUGGGGCCAGAAGUUCGACACUCCCAGAGCUUUCGAGUUCAAGAGCAACGUUGAUAUCUUUGGCUGGCAGCGUGACGAGCUUGGCGUAAACCACUUCACCUUCUUCAUCGAGAACGGACGUAUCGAGGAUACCCCUGACUUCCGCAUGAAGACUGGUCUGCGAGAAAUUGCCAAGGUUCACAAGGGCGAUUUCCGCCUGACUGGCAACCAGCACCUUGUCCUCAGCGGCGUCAGCGACGAAGACGUCCCUGCCAUGAAGGAGCUGAUGAAGAAGUACAAGCUCGACAACCUCCAGUUCUCCGCUCUCCGCCUCAGCUCAUCCGCCUGUGUUGCUUUCCCCACUUGCGGUCUCGCCAUGGCCGAGUCUGAGCGUUAUCUUCCCCAGCUGAUUACCAAGCUUGAGGCUUGCAUUGAGGAGAACGGCCUCCGCCAAGACUCCAUCGUAAUGCGUAUGACUGGUUGCCCCAACGGCUGUGCUCGUCCCUGGCUCGCUGAGGUUGCCUUUGUUGGUAAGGCCUAUGGCGCGUACAACAUGUACCUCGGUGGAGGCUACCACGGUCAACGUCUGAACAAGCUGUACCGCGCCAGCAUCAAGGAAGACGAGAUCCUGACCAUCAUGAGAGGUCUGUUGAAGCGGUAUGCGGUGGAGAGACAGGAGGGCGAGAGAUUCGGUGACUUCUGCAUUCGGGUUGGUCUCAUCAACGAGACUACCGAUGGCCAGAACUUCCACGACAACGUCGCGGAAGAAGAGGAGCCUGAGGAGGAGUAA